AUGUCAAACUCAUUCAAUCCCAGCGAUUCAAAGUUUGGAGAAUUGAAGGACAAAGUCGUUGUACUCACAGGAGGUGCAAAUGGUAUCGGUGCCAGCGUUGUCAAGGCCGUGCAUUCGAAUGGUGGCAAAGUCGUCUUUGGCGAUUACGACGUGAAAUCUGGAGAGUCGCUCGCAUCCUCUCUGGGGUCAGACGUGACUUUCCUCAAAGUUAACGUCGCAGACUAUGCCGACCACGUCAAGCUCUUUAAGCUGGCACGUGAGAAGUACGGCCAUGUCGACCAUGCACUCGCGAUCGCGGGCGUGGCCAAGAAGGAUAACUGGUACGGGACUGACCUGACCGUCGAGGACGUGGAAGAUCCCGAGCAGGAUAUGACUAUUGACGUCAAUCUGCUGGGAGUGCUGUAUUUCAUUCGAGUUGCGCUACCGUAUCUGAAACUAGACAACAAGGACAGAACAGACAAGAGCUUGGUGCUUGCAGGGUCUGCAGCAGGGUUUCGCGAAACACCUGACCUGCCAGUCUACAAUGCCAGCAAACACGCUGUCCAAGGAAUCAUGCGCGGCCUCCGCAAGAAACUCUGGGAGAAUGACAAGAUCCGCAUCAAUGUAAUCAAUCCCGGUGUCGUCGAUACCAACAUGGCGAGCACGCUUGCAACCACUUUUAGAAAAGCCGGAUUGCCCAUCAACACGCCCGAAGACGUCGCCGCUAUCACCCUGCGUCUCAUGACCGAAACAGACAUGUGGGGGAAAUCGGUGUACAUCGACGGAGGGAGUGGAUGGGAAUGGGAAACGGGAUAUCAUGAUACGAUGUCGACAUGGCUGGGUGAGGAGCCGGUGCAGAGAUUGAAGGAUGGGAUGAAAUUGGUCGCUUCGAGUAAGGCUUGGGACUCUCACCACGCGAAGCCAUCUACCACGUAG